AUGAACAAAGAAAAAUCAACAACAAACACAUCUACAGCUUCAAAAGAUGCCGAAGGUCGUCGACGUACCAAUAUUCAACAAGUACAAAAUGUUCUUCUAAUCUGGUUAGACAGUAACAUUGACGAAGCAAGUGAUGCUUGUCAAAAUACAAUCACAAAAUUACAACGUGUUGUUAAUGACAUCAACACAUAUACAAAUGAUGAUGAAUGCCUUGGAUUCAUUCAAACAGUCGUCGACAAAAAGGUAUGCAUGAUUAUAUCUGGAUCACUUGGAAAACAGAUUGUGCCUCGCGUGCACAAUAUGUCUCAAGUUGAUUCAAUAUUUAUCUUUUGUGACAAUAGAAAACACCAUAAAAAAUGGGCCAAAAAUUGGUCCAAAAUAAAGGCUGUCUUCACUGAUAUUACACCCAUCUGUGAGGCACUCAAGGCAGCUGCCCAUCAAUGUGAGCAGAAUGCUAUUCCCAUGAGUUUUGUGGGAUCAAAUAAAAAUUUGGAUCAAUUAGAUCCUUCUUUUAUGUACACUCAGAUUCUCAAGAAGAUCAUAUUAACCAUCACAUUCAACCAAAACCACCUUCAAGAUUAUUUUGAUCACUGUCGUGAUGCUUUUGUAGGUAAUAUAAAAGAAAUCGAAAAUAUUAAACGAUUAGAAUUUGAAUACCACAAGAAAACACCAAUUUAUUGGUACAGCUGUGACAUGUUCUUAUAUCCCAUGCUCAAUCGUGCACUACGAUUGAUGGAUGGUGAUAUCAUUACACGUAUGGGUUUCCUCAUUAGUGGUUUACAUCGACAGAUUGAGCAAUUGUACAAGGAACAGUAUGCUGGUACAACUGUUGCAGACACCCUUACCGUUUAUCGUGGUCAAGGUUUGUCUGCAGGAGAUUUUGAACAAAUGAGCAAAACUAAAGGUGGUCUUAUCUCAUUUAAUAACUUCUUAUCUACCAGUACGGUUCGCAAAGUUUCACUAGAUUUUGCUCAAGAUGCUGCAACAAAUCCAGAUCAAAUGGGUGUACUUUUUAUCAUGAAAAUUAAUCCCGCUCAAUCAACAACACCAUUUGCUUCGAUUGCUAGUAUUAGUGACUUCAAGAAGGAAGAGGAAGUCUUGUUUUCGAUGAAUAGCGUGUUCCGUAUUCAGGAUAUUAAACAGAUGGGUGGAAAUAAUCGUUUAUAUGAAGUUAAUUUGACACUUACUGCUGACAACGAUCCAGAAUUAAGCAGACUUACUGAGUACAUUCGAAAAGAGAGCUUUCCAGAAGCAGAGGGAUGGUACAGAUUGGGUUCGGUACUAUUUAAAAUAGGUCAAUUUGAUAAAGCUGAAGACAUUUAUCAAGUUCUGCUUGAUAAAGCAACAGAUGAUAAAGACCAGGCAGAUAUUUAUCAUCAACUAGGGCGGAUCAAAGAUGCUAAAGGAAAAUAUGAAGAAGCACUUACAUUUUAUGAAAAAUCACUUGUUAUUAGACAAAAAACUCUUCCGGGCAAUCAUCCUGAUUUAGCUAAAUCCUACAGAAACAUCGGCGCAGUGCACUCCCACAUGGCUAGUUAUCCAAAAGCACUUUCUUAUUAUGAAAAAGCCCUUGAAAUUGAUCAACAAUCACUUCCUCUCAAUCAUCCUGAUUUAGCUUCUUCCUAUAACAACAUUGGGAAUGUGCAUGCCGACGUGGGCAAUUAUUCGCAAGCACUUUCAUUAUAUGAAAAAGCCCUUGAAAUUCAACAACAAUCACUUCCUCCCAAUCAUCUUGAUUUGGCUUCUUCCUACACCAACAUUGGUUUAGUGCAUUCCGAUAUGGGUAAUUAUCCGAAAGCACUUUCAUCUUACGGAAAAGCCCUUGAAAUUAAACAACAAUCACUUCCUUCCAAUCAUCCUGAUUUGGCUUCUUCCUAUAACAGCAUUGGGAAUGUGCAUGACGACAUGGGCAAUUAUUCGCAAGCACUUUCAUUUCAUGAAAAAGCCCUCGAAAUUCGACAGCAAUCACUUCAUUCCCAUCAUCCUGGUUUGGCUUAUUCCUACAACAACAUUGGUAAUGUGCACAACAACAUGAGUAAUUAUUCAAAAGCACUUUCUUAUUAUGAAAAAGCCCUUGAAAUUAAACAACAAUCACUUCCUCUCAAUCAUCCUAGUUUGGCUUCUUCUUACGGGAACAUUGGUAGUGUGCAUGCCAAGAUGGGUAAUUAUCCGGAAGCAUUUUCGUCUUAUGAAAAAACCCUUAAAAUUCAACAACAAUCACUUCCACCCGAUCAUCCUGAUUUGGCUUCUUCCUAUAACAACAUUGGUGCAGUGCAUUUAAUCAUGAAUAAUUAUCCGAAAGCACUUUCUUAUUAUGAAAAAGCCCUUGAAAUUCAACAACAAGCACUUCCACCCAAUCAUCCUGAUUUGGCUUCUUCCUAUGCCAACAUUGGUUUAGUGCAUAACAAUAUGAAUGAUUAUCCGAACGCACUUUCAUUUCAUGAAAAAGCCCUUGAAAUUCAACAACAAUCACUUCCACCCAGUCAUCCUAAUUUGGCUAUGUCCUACAACAAUAUUGGCAUGGCGUAUGAAAACAUGGAUAACUACUCAAAAGCCCAUACAUUUUAUGAACAUGCUAUACAGAUUGCGCAGCAAUCAUUACCUUCAAAUCAUCCUCAUCUUCAAUAUUAUAGAAAUAACCUCGAAGAUGUAAAAAAUAAAUAA